AUGGUUCUUUCAAAUAAAUUAAAGGCUUUAGCUAUAACAAAGAUAAAAGAGACAAUCGAAAAUACUAAGAUAUAGUAUCUUUUUCCUUUGCAGUAGUUCUAGUAAUAUGCACUGAUAGGUUCUUUGUAAAUAGGAUAAAGAGAUAUGGGUAGUAGAAUAAAGCCUACUCUAGUUGCUGCUAUCUUCAGAGUUCUAUUUGCUAUUAAGAAUUCUGUAGGUCUGGUUUAUCGAAAGAUGUAUAGCGAUAUAGUUAAAUGUUAUAUUAUAGAUUCUACUCAAAGAAAUCAAAAGUACCUUCGAACAUCUACAUUGACCUUAUUUAAGCCAAAAAUAGACAUGCAUAGAUAACCCACUCGUAUAUCCCAAAAUACUAAACACCAAAUAAUAAGUGCUAUCCACUGA